AUGACAUCUGUACUUUCCACGAUAAAAAUUUUGGACACUAAGACAUUAAACACUGUCAGUGAAGAACGAAGCAAAAGCAUGCAUACGAACAACUUUUUCACGGGUAAUUCUACUAACAGUACACUUUCCCCAACAAAUAGUAUUAUUCAAAAUUCGCAACAAACCAUUAUUAGUGCCUUAACACCACAAGCAACUAAUAAUUACACGACACAAACUUCGGUAAAUUGUCAAAAUGAUAGCCGGUACUCAUAUUAUAACAGCGCUUCUGUCAUAGAUAGACCAAAAUUAAAGCUGCCACCAAUUUCUUCUUUGGAUAAUUUUGUGAAAACCAAUAUCUAUAAUGACAGUAGGUUAAGGAACGAUACUCGAAUGGUCAGGACAGUAUCAGUGCCCUAUUCAGCAACUUAUGAUAAAAAGCAAGUGAAUCCACAAAUUGCCCCUAACAACACUAGUACGCAAGGGGCACCCACUCACGCAGUAAACCGAAAUGUAUACACAACAGAUUACAGGCCGCUAAUUAAAAGUGAGUUCAGCCCGACAAGUCUACCCACAUAUCUACCUCUAGACACAAAUACCUCUAGAAGAGAGAGUGUAUACCUAGCAACAUUGAAGUCUUCUAGUAGCUCACCUACACCGUCAUGUGGCUCGGCUAUAAAAAACUCACCUCCAACAUAUCAUAUGUGUCCAAACAUUUUACCAAGUUCAGAUACAUGUUCAUCAACAAACAGUUCUACUACUACUAAUGUUUCUUACAGAACCUCAUAUUAUCUGCCAUCAAAUAAUACAUCAUUUAGAUCAGUAUCCUUCACAAAUAAAAACGUGAAUACAAGCAAUGAAAGUCUAACCGAAAUCAAUACACUAGCAGGAUCCAUCCCUAACACUACACUACCAUCAUCUAAUAACAUGACGCUUCAAGAAAUCAAUCUCAAGAAAGCAUUAUUAGCCGACUAUUCAAAAACAAAAAAAAAGAGGCAGUGUCCAAUUUGUCAUAAAUAUUUUGCCAACUUGUCAACUCAUAAAUCGACACAUCUAACCUCUCAAGAUCGACCACAUAAAUGUAUUAUAUGUCAGAGUGGAUUUGCUAGAAACAAUGACCUUAUCAGACAUAGAAAGCGUCACUGGAAGGAUGAUAUACAAAACAUAGCCAACCUAGGAAAUACUAAUCAGCAGUGUCAAAAUACCAUACAAGGCCAAAGAGCACUGAAGAAAAAUCAACUAAUACAAUUACAUCAGAUCAAAUGUGCUUUUAAGUGCCCAUAUAAUGCAAACUUGAUUGAAGUUGAUUUAGAACUAAACUCUCCUGAAACUAGUAACAGUGUUCUUGAAUUUACACCAAUGGAUUGCCAUCCUACAGGAGUCUUUUCACGUUGUGAUACAUUUAAAAAUCAUCUCAAAGCACUGCAUUUUGAAUAUCCUCAAAAGACUAAAAGAGAACAAAGAAGUCAAGUUCCAGGUAAAUGUAAACACUGCGGUAUGAAAUUUCCUAAUGUCGAUAUUUGGUUGAACCAGCAUGUCGGAAAGAGUUGUGGAUUUCGAUACCAUUCCUGA